AUGUCGCGAUUCCCAGCGGCAAUAAAGACCUUACACGCCAGGGUCGCCCACACCAACACGGAUGCAUCUGAAGAUGAAACCCAAGAGACCGACCCGCUGGGACUUACCACGCUCUACGAUCCGGCGCCUAGAAAUGCCAUAGUCGAUAUAAUAUUCAUCCAUGGACUUGGAGGAAGCAGCAGGAAGACAUGGUCGAAUUCGAGCCACCCGAGGUCCUUUUGGCCGAAAGAUUGGCUGCCAGAUGAGCGAGGAUUUGAAGAUGUACGAGUCCAUUCUUUUGGCUAUCGAGCAAACUGGGGCAAGAAGUGGCAGCAACAAAGCAUCCUGAAUAUUCACGACUUUGCCGAGUCUCUAAUAGGGAGCCUGAGAAACCACCCAAACAUACGUCGGGAUGAUACGCGCAUUAUUCUCGUUGGUCACAGCAUGGGCGGGUGUGUUGCAAAAGAAGCCUACAUCAUCGCACGACAACACCCAUCAUAUAAAGACCUAGCAGGGCGAAUAUAUGGAAUCUUCUUCCUCGGUACCCCACAUCAUGGCUCAGAUCUGGCAGGCAUCCUGGAGAGCAUGCUGAUUGUUGCUUGGGGCAAAAAGCCUUUUGUAACGGACUUAAAAUCUGGAUCAUCUGCGCUCGCCCUGAUCAGAGAUAGGUUCCGCCAUGUUGCAGCGGACUUGGCAUUAUGGACCUUUUAUGAGACAUUGCCUACAGCCUUGGGGCCUAUAACCAGAAUGGUGGUGGACAAAGACUCGGCAAUUUUAGGCUUUGAUAAAGAAAGGAUCGAGGCGAUGAAUGCUGAUCAUCGCCAUGUCUGCAAGUUCACCAGUCAAGAAGAUUCUAACUACAAGAUGGUACGAAAUGCCCUCCACACUGCCGUCGAUGAGAUUAAAGAUAGAUUCCUGGAGUCGACCCUAUCACAACUUGAUACAGCUGAUAGUACGGAGAUCGAAUUAGAUCUACGCUUAAAGUCUCUUCUUGGAGUAUCCGAUACAUUGGAGGAAGAUCUUACAUUACAAUCCGAGUUAAAAAUGCCCGAUUCUUGCGAAUGGCUUACGAACAAGUCUUGUUUCAUUUCUUGGAAGGAAGGCGAUGCCCCGAGUAUUCUCUGGCUGACUGGGAGGCCUGCAACCGGAAAAUCCAUCCUUUCCAGCCACGUUAUUGAUCACCUAAGGCCUCUACGCGUAUGCUGUAGCUAUUUCUUCUUCAAGCACUCAACUACGAACAAAUCCACACUGAGCGACUGUUUUAGGUCUCUCGCCUUUCAGAUGGCAACUCAGGAUAAUCUGGUGAGAGAGAAGCUUAUACAGCUUGAACACGAGGGAGUCGCCUGGGAUAAGACAGACGACGCGACUAUCUGGACAAAGCUUUUCGUCGACAGAAUCUUCAAGCUACCAUUUGAAAAGCAGCACUUCUGGGUGAUUGAUGGCCUUGAUGAAUGUGGCAACUUUAGUUCACUCUUCACCAAGAAGCUUUUGGCCAAAUUGCCUCGCAAGCGCGAACUUCGAGUUUUCGUUACCAGCCGCAAUCUAGAUACUGUUGAGCGUGGGUUAGUAUCUCUCGGGCCUCAAGUGACUACCUAUGCUUUGUCAGAUUCAGAUACUCUUGAGGACAUUCGGCUGUUCCUGGCCACAAAACUCAGAGAGUUGGACCGCCUAGAGACAGAGGACGAUUUGGAGGCCAUGUGCAACAAAAUUCUCAAAAAGUCUUCCGGUUCUUUCCUCUGGGCUCGCCUAGUCUUGCAGGAAUUCGAAAACACUUGGACUGAGGAGGCCAUGGAAGCCGUCUUGAAAGAAGUUCCUGGAGAGCUCUGCGACUUGUACAGUAGAAUGGUACAAUCGAUCGAGAUGGACAAGAGCAAAGCAAGCCUUGCGAGGACUAUAUUGACAUGGAUUGUCCUAGCACGCCGCCCUCUGGGUCUAGAUGAACUACGGUGCGCUGUAAAACUCGAUCUCAACCAAACACUACAAAACAUGAGAAGGGCAAUUCCUAGUUUAUGUGGUCAGCUUGUCUACAUUGAUCCAACAGACAAGGCGCAUAUAAUACACGAAACAGCGCGCGAGUUUCUCCUCGAUCAAAGCAUGUGCUCCGAACUUACCGUUUACAAGGAGCGCGGCCACACUCACAUUGCGGGUAUUCUCACGCGAUUUCUGUCUGGCGAUUGCCUUAAAGCACUGCAAUUAAAUUCCCAACGCUCCGUGAAGAUGAAAGGUUUCGCUAAAUCUGCGUCCACAAUGCCUAUUGACUCAUCUCUGCUUGACUAUGCGUCGACAUUCUUUUCGGAGCACAUAUAUCGCUGUUCAUCAGGAGAUGAUGUCUUGAUGGAAGAAAUAUGCACUUUCCUCAAUACCAAUGUACUCUCCUGGAUCGAACAUGUUGCGAAAGGCGGUGAUAUAAGUCACAUUACACGAGCCGCCAUGAACCUUCGUGGUUAUUUAGGUCGUCGAGCGAAAUACGUCCCCCCGACGGAUUUAUCGGUUAGCAUUGUCGAAGGUUGGGUGACAGACCUCAUUCGCGUAGCCGCAAAGUUUCAAUCUCAGCUGCUCACGUCGCCCCGUUCAAUCCACCGCCUAAUACCCCCUCUAUGCCCGUCAGAGUCUAUGAUUUCCAGGACCUUUUCAAAAGAUCGGCGAUCGGCAACUUUCGCUGUUAAAGGCCUUCCUGCUGCAACAUGGGAUGACUGCUUGAGCCGCCUCGAUUUCCAGAAGGGCCAAGCAACAGCAGUUUGUCAUGGAGAUGGUUUUUUCGCCGUUGGGCUAUCAAAUGGAAAGAUUUUUCUUUACAAUGCUGGAUCUCUUCAGCUACAUCUGACCAUCACACACCCCGAAAGAGUCAAAUUCCUCCAGUUCAGCCAAGAUGACGAAUACGUUAUCUCUUGUGGCGCCAAGUCAAUGGUCCUAUGGAGGCCGACAACAGGCAUUCAAUUAUAUAAAUUCCCCUUACAAUCGCCCCCUCUUGGAGUCAUAUUCUUAGGUCUUGACGAAAUUCUUUGCGCAUUCCAAUCUGGUAGUCUCACAAGAUGGAGCCUUGAGAGAUUUCAGAGCGGAUCAAUACCGGAGAACCUUGAGGAUGACUACUCCCACACACAAUAUAUUAUGCCGCAACAGACUCCAACUUGCGUGGCCUUUUUGGUAACGAGCGAUGCUAUCUUACUUGCUGUCGGCUACCGCAAACACCCGGUACUAAUAUGGAACACGCUGGAGCAACAAGUAUUGGGUCAAUGUAUCGUUGAUGCAAACAAUGGCAUCGAUGAUAUGGUAUUCAAUCCUAACCCAGACAUCAUUGCACUGAUAGUAUCAUGUAAUGAUGGUAGGUUAUGCAUUUUCGACUACUUGAUGAUGAAGUUGACGUUCACCAUGCCAAACGUGUAUGCGCAAAGCGUUGCCUGCUCACCCGAUGGUCAUAGUCUGGUCACGGGUGGCAGUCAUGGAAUGAUCGAAGUUUUCGACUUCGACCAUGAUUAUGAUGGCAACACUAUCCUGAUGCCUAUUUAUCGCAUCGACGGGCUAUAUGACUCUGUCCGUGGCGUCGCCUUUAGCUUUAACGGACUGCGCUUCCUUGACGUUCAUUCCCAACAGUGCCGUGUGUGGGAGCCAACAGCCCUUGUUAGGAAGAACAAUGAAUUAGAGAGUACCAGUGAUGCAGCAACUCUUCCUGUAACAACAGUUGGCAUGCUGAAUGGCCCCGAAGAACCGGAAAUCACAAGUCUCCUGGAGGUAUCGAGGGAUGGCCAGUGUGUCAUUGCAGGCAAGCGGCGAGGAGACGUUUGUCUCUUCUCUACUGCUGACGGAGUAGAGGCUGGCACGCUUUAUCAGCACGCACGGGGAGUAUCUGUCAUAGCGGUUACUCUCGGAGAAGAGAAGAAUAUUGUUGUUUCAGCUGAUGACUCUGGCCGUGUCUUAGUUGGCGAGCUACUGAUGCCCCUGAGAGAUAUUGCAACAGGGUUUCAAGGACAAAAGCAACCAAAAGCGCGUAUUAUUCUUGACCGUCGAUUUGGCGGCGCGGUAGUGCGGUUGCUCAUUAAUGAUGCAGCCGACAGGCUUCUUAUAACUGGCCAUAACUUUGAUGAACUUUGGGAUUUGCCGUCAGGAUUAGUUCACAAACCGAUACAGCAACCAUCUACGGACGACUAUACCGCAACUUCUUGCGCUUCGGAUUGUAAUAAAGCAGCCAAAUCUUCCGCCCGUACGGCUUUCUGGCAUCCUACAAAUCCAGAGUGGUUCGUAAUCAUCGCUGGUGAUGUGGCGCGAGUCUUUCGCUGGACCGACUAUGAAGAAUUGACUUCUGCGGAGGGCAUUCGCCUUCAACGGCCUACACCAUCCUUGGAGCCCAGUUCACAGAGAGAGUCUCCGCGGUCACCAAAAGCUCAACGAUUCGAACCUUUGCGACAUAAUUCCGAUUGCACUUUUACAGCAGCAACAUAUCAUGUCGCGUCUGAAUACGUCGUCGAGCUUCUUAGAGCCUCAGCAUCUGCACCGCCGCAAAUCCAUCUGUGGUCAGCCGCUACGUUUGAUCCAAAUUUACCAGGAACAUCAGCUUUCCCGAUCACAGCAACUAGUCUCGGUGCUAUACGCUCAUCUGUGCGAUCAGUGAUCGGAUUCGUGGGUCCAUCAACGCUGGUGUUUUUAGACAAUGAUCUGUGGAUAUGCAGUGCCGAAUUGCAGCCCAAAGUUACUAGUGGAAUGGGGAAUAUCGGUAGCAUUCGGGCGUCGUCACCCAACACAAAGGCCCGUCGUCAUUUCUUCGCGUUGAGUGAAUGGUGCGAUACAGAGGGCGAACUUAAGUGUGCGUUGGCUGCAGUCUCGGGGGUAGCUCCGCAUGCCUACAGUCAGGAAGUUAUAUUUGCGAGUGAUCAUCGUGUGGUGAUAGUAAAGGGUGGGUUUGAGUUUUCCGAAAGGAUGAUCGUAACGAAAACAUGA